UGAAGCAGCAAGAAUUGCUGCUAAAUCUAAGUCUGGUCAAAUUGGUAUUUACUUAUUUAAAGAGCCUGAAAAGAGGAAGAAGAAGUUUAGCUAUAAGUCACGAACGCAAGGAUAUUCCGUAAGGAAAGUUGCCACCAACGAGAAUCCACCGGGGACAGUUUCACGACCUCAAACAGAGCUAAGCCAGAAGGGUUCCACAGCGCUGAAAAAGAAGGAUGCGCCAAAGAAACCGGUUUUAAAGAAUAACAAUGCAGCAAAAACAAAACACACCAAAUCUGAACAGGAUGUGAAUUUCGUAGCGAAGAAUAUACAAGCUCAGAAGAAGAAGAAGAAACAGGUGUCAUCAGCAAACACUGUAACUCUGACACAAGACCAGCUCAACAAGAUAUUACAAACACUUGGUGGCGAGAAUGCCUCUCUAAAGUUUGAAAAUGGUGAUAUUAGAAUUGAGGAUAAGACAGAUGAAAGAAAUAAUCAAGACCACAAAGAAGACAACAUACCAAAAGGGAAAUCUGACAGAGAAAAUGAAGAAAUAAAUACAAAUGUACAACCAAUACAAAGCAAAGAAACUGUAUCUAAUGCAACAGAAAACAAUGGACCUAAUCAAAAUAACGUAGAUUCUUCAAAUCAACAUGAUAUUGAAGAGCAAAAAGAUGUAAAUAGAACUCAGGUGAUAAAUGAUAAUGAGAGCACCACCAGCCCAAGAACCAAUCUUGGUGAUAUUGCAAACUGCAUUGGUACGACCGGUUUCAACGAUAAAGAUGAUGCUGAGAGAAGAAGACGCCAAUGGAGGGAGGAAUUAGAUAAACAGGUUGCAGAAAAACAGAAAGAGAAAGAGAGGAUGAAGAAAGUUCGCCUAAGUGGGGAUAGUGCUGAGCAGUGGAGCCCAUGGGGUAAUCUAGGUGAUAGUGGGGGUAGGAGUCAAAGAAAGGUUGAUGUUGCUAAACAAGUUGUACAGAGUGUCAUUUAUGAAGAGCCAAAAAACCAAGUGCUUAACUCCAAGCCAGAACCCCCCUCAUCUAGAGUGGAUUAUUCCUACAGACAAGCCAACACACCUGCCGCUAUGAGAAGUUCAUUUUCAUUUGGGAAUUAUUCAGAUGAAAGUAAAUCAAUAAAGCAGAAAGAAAAAGAAGCAUGGCUUCAAGAGUUGGAAAAACAAAGGCAAGAUGCUAAGGAACGUCAAGCAAAGGAGAAGCAACAACGGCGUGGUGAAGUUGGUAUAGCAGAAAAUGAUUAUUGGGCAAGGCAGGUACCUAUUGUCAAACGUAGUGUGUCACCCCAGAGUAUGGAAACAAAAGAUGACAUUGCAACGGAAGAGAAGAGGAAAGAAAUCGUCAGAUCCGAGACAGUCCAGAGCGAUCCACUAAGUGGGACAACUGCAUCACAGGAGACUAUAAUAACUCCAAGAGGUCAUCAACGUAGUCAGUGGGGAUUAACAGAUCCUGCUGAGGUUGAAAGACGGGAGAAGGCUCGAAACAAACACUUGGAACAUAUGGAAGCAGUUAAAGCCCAGGUAGAAGAGAAACAAAAGCUGAAACGGGAAGCAAUGGAGAGAAAGAGAAGAGAGGAUAAAGAAGAAGAGGAAAAGCUGGCAAGGGAACGAGAAAAUCUGCAGAAGCAAUUUGAAAUGGAAGCUCAGAAACAAAAACAAAAAGAAUUAGAUGCAUUAGCCAAGCACCAGGCAUUGGUGGAGAGCAUGCAGCGUGCGUAUGAAGAGUCCAUGAGGUUGAAGCAAGAGAAGAGGAAGAGGCACCUGAAUAUAAAUAAUUCAGAUGCACCAACAAGCAUGCCACACAGAGAAGGGGGAACACCCUCUCAAACCCUUCCCCCAGCUUGGGCCUACCAGCUCAAGUCCCCACCUUUAGAUGCAUUAGCCAAGCACCAGGCAUUGGUGGAGAGCAUGCAGCGUGCGUAUGAAGAGUCCAUGAGGUUGAAGCAAGAGAAGAGGAAGAGGCACCUGAAUAUAAAUAAUUCAGAUGCACCAACAAGCAUGCCACACAGAGAAGAUGAGCCAGUAGUCCCAACCCCAAGAAUAGGUGGUAGCCAUGGACCGGUACAACGUACACCUCCUCCGCCACCAGUUGCAACAGAAGUUGCUACUAUUCCCCAAGAAACGGGAGUUCGUCAUUCAGUAGUCAUUGAACAAGGUGUUCAAACAGACUUUGCAACAGGCCAAGAUGAUGUAUCACCAAGAUUGGCAGACAGGGACAAGAGUGCUGGUAUUGAGUACAAACAACACAGAAUAAUUGACAACAGUAAAAAUUCAGUCAUGCCUAAAAAUGACUCAAAUACCCGGAAAAUGGAAGACCGAAAAUCACCUGUUGAAGAUCAAAACAAAGAAAUAGAAAUAAAAGUGAGAAAGAAGAAAACUGUUAAGAUAUCCGAACGACCAAAAUGGGGUGUCAAAUCGGAACCGAAGAAGAAAGUUAAAGCAUCAGAUAAAGAUUUGACAGUUAGUAAGAAAGUGCGAGAAGAGCGCCGGAAAAAACGCAUGCAGGAGUUGCUUUCCGAUCAGGAAAGAAACAUGCCGGCCCCCAGGACGGGAAGGGAGAGUAGGAAAGCGAGAAAUCAAGAAGAUUCGCCUGCGUUUAAAGUUCUUAACUGUGCAGAUGGCGAGAUUGAUGAAAUAUUGAAAUAUGAAAAGCGGAAUGAGAAACGCCACACUUCAAAGAACAACAGGGAAGAACUUCACGCUCAAGAGGAGAGAGUUGUCAGAAGUAGGCCAGAGGAGUUAGUGGAUUCUUCUCAAACACCACCAUUACAAACUGGAGAUUUUGUGCCAUUCUUAAGAACAGAUGAAAGACUUGAUGUAGAUAGUCUACCAGUAACUCCUGCCGAAUAUAGAGAUGCACAAAAUUUGGACAAUGAUAAUGUUAACCCAGAGCCUCCAAGGAGAUAUCAGCAUCAGCAGAAUUAUAAGGAUCCUCUAUUUAGUCCUGAUAUUCGCAAAGAUGGUGAAAAUAGACAGAAGAUGAUCCUGAAGCAGUUGUCAAACCUUCGACAGGGCUUAAUGAUGAAACAGAGAGAAAUGGAGCUUGGACUAUCAGUAACACCUUUAUCAACUUAGCAGUACUUAAUUUUUUAUGGGUGUAUUAGGUAGAGGAUUGGAGUACUUUGUGUGUAAAGCUAUUGUAUAUAGU